AUGGCCAUGCGUCCAUCCGUAGUGUCUCUCGUGCUCUUCCCUGCCCUUCUCCUCCUCCUCCUCUCUCCUGCAGCACCUACACAUUCUACCGCCGUGUCACGCUGCCACGGCAGACAGCCUCUUGCCUACCCAAGGCCUCGCCGGCGGCGACACGCUCGUGUCCAGCAAUGGCAGCUCACUCCCGUGUGGGUCGCCAACGCCGAGAACCCCGUCGCCAACCUCACGUCCUGCAAGCUCGUGCUUUCCCAAGACGGCGACCUUCUUGUCAUCCAAGACGACCACCACCUGCCGGCCAAUGGAUCAUCAUCGUCGUCUACAUCUUCCACGGUUUGGUCCAGCAAAACCAACGCCACCACAACCAACGGCACCACCACCGCCAUGGCUGCUUCUCUCCUCGACAACGGAAACCUCGUCCUGCACAGCGCUUCCAACGCGUCCAACAUCUUCUGGCAGAGCUUCGAUCACCCGACGGAUACUCUCCUCCAAGGCGGAAAGAUCGGCUGGAGCAACGGCACCGGUUUGAUCCGGCGCCUCGUCUCCAGGAAGAACUCCGUCGACCAGAGCCCCGGCGUCUACUCCUGCGAGUUGUCGUCGUCCGGCUCCGGCCACGACGGUGACGGUGACGACACUUCCAUCGUUUUCAUGUACAACUCGUCCAAACAGUAUUGGUCCAGCGGGACCUGGGGCGGCCGCUACUUCAGCAACAUCCCAGAGACGAUGAAGGUGCUCCUGUGGUUCGAGGGGUCGUCGACGGACUGGCAGGCCGUGUACGCGGCGCCGAAAUCCCAGUGCGACGUCUACGCCUCCUGCGGCCCGUUCACGGUCUGCAACGACGUCCCCUUCCCGUCCUGCACCUGCAUGAAGGGCUACUCCAUACGAUCACCUCAAGACUGGGACCUCGGUGAUCGAACCGGUGGAUGCGCGAGAAAUACUCCACUGCACUGCAACACCAGCGGCGCCGGCGGCGGCGCAGCCAGCGAACCAGAUAAGUUCUACGCUAUGGCGUCUACCAGUGAAGAUGAAUGCUCAGUUGCCUGCCUGGGAAUCUGCUCCUGCACUGCGUAUUCCUACAACGACCAAGGUAGUGGCUGCUCCAUCUGGCACGACAAACUGCUCAACGUACGGCUGCAAGGUAACAGUGUUCUCCACCUUCGCCUCGCCGCAAAAGAAGUGGAAACUAGCAGCCAUACCAGCAGGAGGGCAGUGAUCAUUGGCGCUGCUGUUGGUGCAACCACUGCCACUUUGGGUUUCAUCUUUCUACUGAUGUUAGUGAUGAUGAGAAGAAGGAAGCGGUAUGGUGAUGAUGUUCAGGGUGGCAUCGGGAUCGUCACAUUUCGAUAUGCUGAUUUGCAGUAUGCAACCAAGAAUUUUUCAGAGAAGUUGGGGGCUGGCAGUUUCGGUUCAGUGUUUAAGGGUUCACUAAGUGACUCGACGACCAUAGCAGUUAAAAGACUCGAUGGAGUCCGGCAAGGAGAGAAGCAGUUCAGGGCUGAGGUGAGCUCAACAGGAGUAGUCCAGCAUGUCAACUUGGUUAAACUGAUUGGAUUUUGUUGUGAAGGUGACAGGAGAUUACUUGUGUACGAGUACAUGCCCAAUGGCUCCCUGGAUUCCCAUCUCUUCCAAAGCAAUGGUACCGUGCUGGAUUGGACUGUCAGGUACCAAAUAGCUCUUGGAGUUGCUAGAGGACUUGCCUAUCUGCAUGCGAGUUGCCGGGACUGUAUCAUACACUGCGAUAUCAAACCAGAGAACAUACUUCUAGAUGGGUCUUUCACUCCUAAAGUUGCAGACUUUGGAAUGGCCAAGUUUUUGGGAAGGGAUUUCAGCCAUGUUGUGACUACAAUGAGAGGAACCAUAGGAUACCUUGCUCCUGAAUGGAUCAGUGGGACUGCCAUCACAUCCAAAGUUGACGUUUACAGCUAUGGGAUGGUUUUGUUAGAGAUCAUAUCAGGUAGCAGGAACGCGAGCAAACAACAAUCGUCCCAAGAUGGUGUACAUGAAGCAUAUUUUCCGGUGCGAGUUGCGCGCGGUCUUGUCGAUGGAGACAUUUGCUAG